AUGGCAAAUGCUGCAGAUAGAUUUGCAUUCUGCACGUUGGGGAUGUUCAUAAUCGACGAGAUCGAAUACCUCAACGGCAGAGCGCGUGAGCAAAGCAUCAUAGGCGGUGCAGGGACUUACGCGGCGCUAGGAGCUCGGCUAGCAGCCGGUGCUCAACAGGCGAAAUAUGUCUCAUGGAUCGUCGACGUGGGCUCCGACUUCCCAGCCGAGUUCAGAGCCUUGAUCGACUCAUGGCAUACGAACUGUGUUUUCAGACUCGACACGGCCCGAUUGACUACUAGAGCUUGGAAUGGAUAUGGGCCGAAUGAGUAUCGAGCGUUUAAAUAUUUGACACCCAAGCUACGGCUCGACCAAGACUCAUUAUCAGAUGAGCAAGUCCUUGCGCGGUCGUUUCAUAUGGUUUGUUCAGCAUCGCGCUGCAUUUCACUUGUUGAGGGGAUUAUGGCGCGGCGAAGGAGACUCGCCAUCGAUGAACCGCGGCCCGUCUUUGUCUGGGAACCUAUACCGGACCUAUGUUCACCGGAAGAACUCCAACGGCUACGUGAAGCAGCCACAUUUGUUGAUGUGGUCAGUCCAAACGCGGACGAGUUUGCUGCUUUUUUCACGUCUAUGCCAGAAUACGCAGAUCGGCGGGCGGCAGUGGGACACCUGCUCGGCAUGGGGGAUGCUCAGCCGCUGAAGACUGUGCUGGUCAUCAGGGAAGGGGCACAUGGCUGCACAACCUACUCGGGGCGGACAUCCCUCCAUUUACGGGCCCACCACCAGAGCUCUGAGAGAGUUGUCGACCCAACAGGCGGCGGGAACACGUUUUUGGGUGCUUUGGCCAUUGCGAUGACAGGGACGGCGUGUCCGGCGCAAGACACUCUUGAUAUGUCUGAUGUUGCUGGAUCGGCUUUCCAGCAGCAAGGGUUGUUGUUGGCACUCCUACACGCCACGAUCGCCGCUAGCUAUGCGAUUGAGCAGACAGGGAUGCCCUCUUUGUCAAAUCCUGACUGUGAUUGCUGGAACGGCCAGGCAUAUCUAGAGCGCUUCUUAGAGUACCUGAAGAGGGAAAAGGCACACAUAGCGGGGCAACUUUCUAGACAGGUCGUAUCGGAAACGUAG